AUGUUUUCGCCGCUCCCAGUACGACACCCUUGGAGUUUGUCCGACAGUGAAGGCCACGGACCAGCGUGGUACAAGCGUGUCACCAAACGCCUCGUGCGAUUCUGCAGACGCAAACGACACAAAUUUGACGCCAAAGUGGCUGCGAAAACAAAACAAACAUUGCAUACCUCAUCAAACAACAGAAAUGAUGACGGCGAGCCAAUUGGCCAGGAUAUGACCUACAAAGCCCUGAGCCUGGUGAUCAAAUCAGGCUACCCUGUAGGUAGCAUCCGAGGCCGAGGGACGUUGCACAUUCAGCGAAAUGUCCUCAAUACGACCAAUGGCGAUCUGUGGAGUUUGGGCCCGGCCUUGCGCAUCGGCCCGUUCCCAUUGUUGGACCUUGUUCCUGAGAAGCUAGACAUCUCUAAGGAUACAGGGGACAGAUACAGGGCUGCUGCUGGGGGCCCCUCUCGCCAGAAAAGGCCACCGGGGAGCCCUGGCAAGUCUGGCACCAACAGCAAGAAACCGCGCAAAGAGAACAAACAAUCCAGCGACAAAGCCCAUAAUGACACAAAUGGUGAUGGUGAUGGUGACGGUGGUGGCGAUGGAGAUGGCGACGAGGCCCAGAGCGACAUAGGAAGUGAUGACGACGACGACGACGAAGGUGAUUCUAGUCGCGAUGGGCCACGUUUUCCUCAACCCCAAGAUUCCCCCGACCGCAAAACAUUUAAAUGCCCAUUCUACAAGUUCGAUCCAGCUCGGUACCAUAAAUGCAAAGGGCACCACAUAACUUCCAUUAGCUAUGUAACUCAGCAUAUCUUGAGAUGCCACGUAUUGAAACAGUGUACGAUGGAUGUACAGGAAACCGCCCAAUCGACAUCAACAGGUGAUACUUCCUCUUACCUGCUGAAGACGACAGACCCCGAUAAGAUCGUUUUCUACUGUCCAACAUGCCGGGACGAGUUCCGUCGUCGUGGCGCUGACGUUAGAUUUGAACGCCACCCCGCAUGCGAGGCAAAAAGCAUUGCACAGACGGGUGUUCUGCUACCGGCAGAGUUCGAUAAGCUCAAAAAGGAGGUCACUGCGACGUCUGGUAACGAUAAUAAAUGGGACAAGAUAUGGACAACGUUAUACCCGGGAGAUUUGACAGCAACCCAGUACAGCAAUGUAGAGACUGUUGCUCCAAUCGGUAUUGAUGUGCAGCCAAAUAACACCACCCCACAUCACCCGCUUGUCGGAGCUGUCAACGAGACUCAUCACCAUGAUUCACUACAAGCUUUCGGUCCCCAAAUGCCGGAUUAUGGGCAACUCCCGGACCCUUAUUUGGGCGAAGACGGAUUUCUUUAUCUUUUUCAGGAUUUCCAUGGGAAUAUGGAAAAUAAUAUUGGAAAUUUGGAUUACGCCACAAGCCAUAUCCCAAACCUUGCACCGACUAAUGAGACGAUGAUGGGGUCACGCCGAUUCAACCCUAAUAGUAUACAGAAUCCGCAAUUUCCCAGCAAUACCUAG